AUGAAGCUGCUCCUGCUCCUCACCUUGGUGGCCUUGGCCCAAUGCGCGAUGCACAGGGUCCCUCUGAAGAAGAUGAAGUCCCUGCGGCAGAUCCUGAAGGAGCACGGCUUGCUGGAGCACUACCUGAAGGAGCACCCCUACAACCCGGCCGCCAAGUACUUCCCCACCACGGGCUCCGUCGAGCGCCUGCAGAACUACCUGGAUGACGAGUACUUCGGCACCAUCUACAUCGGUACCCCAGGCCAGCAGUUCACCGUUCUCUUUGACACCGGCUCCUCCAACCUGUGGGUGCCCUCGGUGUACUGCUCCAGCCCAGCCUGCAGCAACCACAACCGCUUCAACCCAUCGGACUCCUCCACCUUCGUCAGCACCAACGACAGCGUCGAGAUCACCUACGGCACUGGCAGCAUGACCGGCAUCCUGGGCUACGACACCGUCUCCGUCGCAGGUCUCGAUGUCACCAACCAGAUCUUUGGGCUGUCUGAGACUGAGCCCGGUGAUUUCUUCUACUACACCCCCUUCGAUGGCAUCCUGGGCCUGGCUUUCCCAAGCAUCUCUUCCUCCGGAGCCACCCCCGUCUUUGACAACAUGAUGUCGGAAGGCCUCGUGGCCAAGGACCUCUUCUCCGUCUACCUGAGCAAGAAUGAGCAGAGCGGCAGCUUCGUCCUCUUCGGUGCCAUUGACCCCCUCUACAGCGCCAACGGCAUCACCUGGAUCCCCCUCUCCGCUGAAACCUACUGGCAGAUCACCAUGGACAGGUAG